AUGAGUUCAGGCACGGUCACCAAACCACAAUCCUCUUCCUCUUCCUCACCCAACUCCUCCUCAGAGUCUCUAGAUGGCUUGAAGUUUGGUAAAAAAAUCUACUUUGAGGAUGCGAGUGUUGCAACUCAAGCCAAAACGAAUGGUGGGUCAUCUUCAUCUUCUUCAAAGAAAGGAAGGGGUGGUUCAGUACAAGCCACUCAGCCUCCUAGGUGUCAGGUUGAGGGGUGUAAAGUAGAUCUGAGUGGUGCUAAGGCUUACUAUUCAAGGCAUAAAGUCUGUGCCAUGCACUCUAAAUCCCCUACUGUUAUUGUUGCCGGUCUUGAACAAAGGUUUUGCCAACAGUGUAGCAGAUUUCAUCUGCUUUCUGAAUUUGAUCAAGGAAAAAGAAGCUGCCGUAGGCGACUUGCUGGCCAUAAUGAACGCCGCCGAAAGCCCCAUCCCAGCUCCUUAUUAACCUCUCACUUUGCCAGGCUUUCUUCGCCUAUUUUUGAUGACAAUGGCAGAGGUGGUAGCUUUCUGAUGGAAUUUGCUUCAUACCCAAAGCUGAGAAAUACAUUGCAAACUCCAAGAUCAUCUGAACUAAUUCCUGGGAAUCAAGCUGCAACACUUAGCUGGCAGGCCAACUCAGACACACAAUCUGAAUUUUUUCUGCAAGGUUCAGUGAGUGGUGGAACUAGCUUCCUUGGUCCUAGACAUCCUUCAGUGGAAAAUUAUGCCAGGGUCACUGACUCAGGCUGUGCUCUCUCUCUUCUGUCAAGUCAAACAUGGGGUUCUAGAAACACACCACCAAAUGUUGAGCUGAGCAACUUGUUGAAUUUCAAUGGGACACCCAUGACACAACUUGUUGCAGCAUCUCCUCAAGUUGCAGCCAUCCAUCAACUUCCAAAUGCAACGUCAUGGUACAUAAAAGGAGUUGAUUCUGGUACUUGUUCGCCCGAGGUUGUCCCUGAUCUUGGUCUGGGUCAUAUUUUGCCGCCUCUUCACAGCCACCUUCAUGAUGAGCUUGAUCUAUCACAGCAGGGCAGGAGGCAUUACAUGGAUCUAGGGGAGUCCCGGGCCUAUGAGUUUUCUCACUGGUCACUUUAA